AUACGCAAAAAUACGGACUGUUUUGCAGUCUACGCGGAAGUAGCUUUACCUCAAAAGAAAAACCAAGGAAAGAAAGAAGGAGGUCAAAAAGAGCAACAGCAUUUAUAAAUGGGCCUGUGCGUCUCUGGAGAAAGGGCUGAUUUUGAAGGUGUAGUGCGUUACAACGGACAAACAUUUCUUGGUGUCAGACACGGAGAAGGAACGUAUCUCUAUCAAAAUGGCGACAUAUACGAAGGACAAUGGAAAUGGAACCACAAACACGGGCAUGGUGUUUUGACGCUUAAAAACGGAGAAGAGUGAGUUUAUUUCACGUUUAUUACUUUUUGAUCGAUUACUAGUUUGUCAAUGAAUAAAUAAAUAUAACUUUAACGGCUGUCACAAUUACUGGUAAACCCAGAAGUUUUGGCUCCGGCCGCACUUGGGGACUUUACUGAGUUAUUUCCAAGUAACUAAUUAAAGUCAACUCGUUUAAAAAAACUGUGAGGGCGGCCGGGUUUUCUACAGUCUUAACCGAGUUCUAACCGGGUUAUGCAAAUCAAGGCAGAACAAUAGAUUUUCUUAACCAGGUUUGUUUUUUUUAAAACACCUCGCGAGGUAGUUUAACGUAGGUUUUUAAACCUUCAUCUCCACCUACGCGUGAGAAUGAUCCAAGUUUUGGCUUUACCAUACACGUAAGCACAGUUUCGAAAUUGCUUCUUUCGCUCGAAGUUCAGUAUUUCUUUCUUAGUAACACAAAUGAGUUAAGACUUUUAAGAAGUCGACCCCUUUUUCUCGGUAAUACGGGGUCAAAUUUUGUCAGUCACUCUUAAGCGAGUGUUACGAGUGACUCUAGCGAGCGGAAGAAGAAAUAAAAAACCGCGCGACAUUGAAUGACUUUGUGAAAUUCUAAAUUGAGUCCAGCCACUAAUAUAAAUUAACCUGGUUAAACUCUUUUAACCAGGUUACGUUCUAAAGAAUUUUUUACCAGGUUUUUCAAAAACUAACCCGGUUAAAGGAACAGUGUCACGACUGUGCGCACGCGCGAGCGUCAUCUGUUUUUUCUUCAAAGACAAUAGAACUGUCAUAUUGACUCGACAAGAUUCUCAAGUAAUAUUUUAAACUUUCGAAGAAGUGUUUCGUCUUAUUAACAAUCUGGCUCGCGGCACGAAGACUAGCCUGUGUAGCAAGCGUUUCCGUUUGGUUUCGGAGCUAAACGAGACCGUGGAAGGGGAUUUUCGGUUUUGAUCGCGCGAGAAAUUAAACGAGAACCAAAAAAUGAAAGAGGGGGAGGAGAGGGGAAGAAAGGAAACCUUUCUUUCCUUCUUUCUUUCCUUUUUUCUUUCCGUCCUUUCUUCGCCACCCCCUCCCCUGUCCUUUACUUGACUCAGGGGUCCUCUUUGCUUACUUUGAUUACCUGCUAGAAUCAGUUGGGUUCAAAACUUGCAAAUUGGGAGGAUCUCACGGCUCUAAAACAACAUCUAGUAAACCGGCCGUUUUCUCCUCGUUUGUUCUGUUUGUUCUUGUUUUGUUUCGUUUAUAUAUAUAUAUAUUUUUCUGGGGACUCAACACCUAUUCGACUACUUGUGGAAUUAGCUACCACUUUGAAAUAUAAGUAGCCAAGUGGAUCCUACCAAAAAAGAGUUCAUUUCAUGCCCUGGCCAACGAUGAUUCAGUUAUUCUGAAUUGAUUGAUGUUAAACGCAACUUCGAAUGUUUCUUUACUUUACUUUACUCUUUAAUUCACUUUCAUUGACAAUUGAUCUAAAAAAUAGUAUCGCUCAGUGCAAUUCUAUUUUGCCACCAUAAUUCAAAUUUCAGAGUCUUUACAUAGGUAGGUUAUUUUUAAACAUGAUUUAUAAUUCCUUUUAAAACGGUGGAAACAUUCACUAGAAUUAACUUUUGGAAGGUGGUAUUAAGUCGAAUCCCGUAUUUUCGAGGAGUUAAAAGACAUUUAAAGUUGAGCAGGGAACUAACACCGGUAUAGUCGAAAGCCUUUACGCGCUAUAGUUUUUAACACACAAACUUUAUUUCAGGACUUUUACAACUAGUGAUCAAGGAAAAAAGCGAACCGAAGCGAUGUGAAGUAUAGCGGUACUGAAAAAUAACAAUUAAACAAACACAAAGUCAAGAUAAAACAACCUAAACACUGAAAGAAAGCAAUAAGGCAAACUAGAAAUGCGAAUGCAACAAACGAGAUCCUUACAAGACGAUAGCGGGAUAAGGACGAAAUACUAGGACGAGCAAAGAUCCAAACAUUAAACUGUAAACUGGACCAAGCGCAACUAACGAAGAACUGACGCGAAAAUUAUGAUGAAGCUAAAUAUACGAUAUGCAGAAAAACCCUAACACGAAGGCCAAAGCUACGCGGACAAUGAAAAACUAAUGACCAAAAAACAACACUAAAGGCGCGAACACGAAAAUAACUAAAAACGCGGCGAACAUAAAAAUACUAUAAAGGUAACGGAAAACAUUCCUCGCGCUUACACUCGGGAGUAAUAAGUGAGCAAACCGUUUGUAAACCUUGGUAAUUCAAUCGAGUACUUGGUUACCAAGAGCCAUGGGACCCAACAAGGUUCUAUUAUUUGGAUUUACCUGACAGAGCUAUUUCUAAAAAGAAAUGAAAAUUAAUAAUUUUGGCAAUAAGAAAGAAAAUCUGUAGCUUACCUUCCUCUGCUGGUAGCCUGAGAUCAGGCCCAAUUUCAGUGGUUCCCAUACAUUCUCUUUAACGGCUACCGCCUUGCCUGCCGGAAUUAUGCUAUUUUCAAAGCGAAUCGUACACUGUUCACAGUCUCCUAUUUUUUCGUGAGAUGAUCGUCGAGAUAUAGCGCGCGUUACCGUUAAGGCGGCCAUCUUGUUUUCAAAUGUACCGAGGGGGCGGGCGUCAGGGAUCAUGAUUGCUUUAGGGGGAGGGGGGCGCUUCCUCCCAAACCGCCUCCGUCCCCUGAGUAGUUUUGACACUCAUGCAAGAUGGCCCCCGAUCUGGACCAUCUUACGGAAAAAUAGAGGACUGUGAACAGUCAAGAGCCAUUAUAGGUCCUAUUAAGGCUCUUGGAACAGUCUACUCGCACCUUCAGUCACGUGCGUGGUCAUUUUUCGUGUCUCGCGCUUUUCGCUCAACGGACUGAGAAGAAAAACGAGAGACUGCUUGUAGUCUAUCGAUGUUGUAACAAAAAGUGCCAGUAGUUUGAUUAUGUCAGUAAUGGGUUCUCUCUAAUAACUUGCAUAAUCUAAAGAGUAAAACGGGUCUUCCAUAUUUUUUCUUUCACUUACACAGAAAACGAGGUUUCUUCUAUCGUAGUGAAUAUAUAGGAACAGAACCCGGCAACUUAUUCGCCGCUACAACGUGUUGUUGUUUGGGAGAGGUCUCGUCCGCUCAACCGCUCAAGAAUGAGGAGGGGGAGACAAGGUAUGACCAUCCAUUCUAUUCUAAAUUCACUUUUUCAUCCACCUUUUCUUCCGACAGUCCAUUCAUUCGUUUGUUCGUUCAAUCGUCCAGUCGUUUUAAUAACUGAUUAAGUAAAUCAGUGAGUAAAUAAGCCGAGUGAGUGCGUGAAUGUUUAAAUGAUUCAUUCAUUCAUUCAUCCAUCCAUCCAUCCAUCCAUCCAUUCAUCCAUCCAUCCAUCCAUCCAUCCAUCCAUCCAUCCAUCCAUCCAUCCAUCCAUCCAUCCAUCCAUCCAUCCAUCCAUCCAUCCAUCCAUCCAUCCAUCCAUUCAUUCAUUCAUUCAUUCAUUCAUUCAUUCAUUCAUUCAUUCAUUCCUUCCUUCCUUCCUUCCUUCCUUCUUUCCUUCCAUUUUUUCCCUCACUUUUUGAUGCAGCGGACUUCUUUGUUCUUUAGACUCUUGCCUCUAUAUACGGAUCGGUUGUAAAUGAUUCUUCCCGAUUUGGCCUGGCACGAAAAAUAGAGUUUGCGCUGUCCAUGUCCGUGGUUAGAGCAGAAGGGAUGGGGGGUGGUGGACGUUAAGGAGAUGGGGGUGAUAGGGCAAGAAAUCAGUCACGUCUCAGGAACCGGCAAAAAAUGAAGAAACGAAGCACCAUCUUCUUUAGCUUCUUGUGAUUUUCUUCCGCAUGAAUGUUUCUUCGCACUAAUCGGCUCCUGAUGUGAGACAUUGGUGUAAUUAAUAUGCUAUUAACCCCUAAUGAUGGAAUUAGGGCCGGUCGAUUCCGCUAAAACGUUUUAAAAAUUAAGUCGUUAUUUUACCAGAUCUAUUAACAAUUACUUUGCUUUUUAGCAAUCAGGAAAGACAUGGGCCUGCGAGACAAAGAGCGGAAGAAAACAGAAGGAGACGGGAGGGAAGAAAGCAACGUAGAGAUGAAUUCCGCAGGAAUAUCCUCCAGAGAGGCGAAGAAGAAUCGGUCGUCUGAAAUGAGCGAUUGUGCAAUGUAAAACAAAAGACGUAGAAACGCGUAGGAGAAUAAAGAAGUUUCACAGCGACAGUUCGCAGAGUGCUGCUCACUAGUUUGCUUUAAAAAUU